AUGGGAAUUCCGUACUUAACGCGACAUCUCGCUUCCUUCUCGGAAUCGACUCUCCUAGGGAAUGGCCAGGGCCCCUCAUGCAAGACUGUAAAGUCUGUUGUCAUUGAUGGCCCUGGGCUUGUGUAUUAUGUACACUCUGUGCUGUUAUCACAGGCUAGCAACAGUCUGAGCCAAGUGGAACGCCAGCCCAGCUGCGAUGAGGUCAGUGUGGCGGUCAUGACCUAUCUCGUUCUACUGCAGGCCUCGGGUGUAAAUAUUCUCAAGAUAUAUUUCGAUGGUGCUCUGCCCUUGAAUAAAGCCGAGACUAGACUGUCGAGACUGGAGGCGUCGAGGAAACAGUUGGAGAUCUUUUGCCUGAGCCAUCGGGAAGGGUUCAGGUGGUCUUCAAUCGACCGCAAAUCGGUGAGGAUUGAUCCCGUCAGGCUUUUGCAGGAUUCCCAUACUUCUUUCAAACGGUCCCUUUUGCCAGGAAAUCCGUUCAUGGUCUCUGCUGUAGUCGAAGAUCUGAAGACACGAUGGACUUGUUCAGCGAUGGAAUCGUAUCUACCCCGGACCCUGUUUGAUUUAUACAAAGAUAAAUGUCAUCCCUGGUCGGAUUUCACUGAGAUCAUUCCCGGAGAAGCCGAUGUAUUCUGUGCUGCUCUGGCGGCGCAAAAUCCAGGCACUGCGAUACUCACAAGCGACUCUGAUCUCUUCCUCUUUGAAACUGGACUUGAUAGCGCCAUUAUAUUCUUUGAUACAAUUCGCGUCGAGGGAUACGGGGAUGAGACCGGCUUAGCUGAAUCGCAUAUGACCAUUAAAGCCAUGAAAUACCGUCCCGCCUCAAUCGCAGACCGCCUGGGCAUCCCUGCAUUAUCCUACCUCGCCCACGAACUGAACCAAAGCUCCCGAUCUAAACUCGCCGAGCUUGUCCGUCGUGCAAAAAUAGCAUCGGGCUCGAGCUCAAAGACCCCGGCCUACCUCACAUUUCUGGAGGAAUACGACCUGCAAAACGUCCUUCAAUAUGAUCCCUCAGAGGCACAGACUCUACAAAAUCUCGAUACAAGAAUAUCAGAACUAUAUAUGCAAUGUCCCUGGACCAAUAGCACUUUUCAGGAUCAGAACCAAGCGCCUAGGAUAUAUCUACCUUUCCUAGUGGAAGACCAUUCGCGAAAGUGUGCCUGGGCCGAAAGUGUAGAAAUCAGAAGACUUGCGUAUUCUCUACUCAAUCUCAACGCUGCUUCAUCAACUGGGUCCAAAGUGACAGUUGUGACUGAAUGUGUACGGCGAGGGAGAAGAUUCUGCUUCGAUAACAUCCAUCUAUAUAGCAUCGAAGGAGGGGAAAUUGAGAAGGAAUUGGGCUCUUUUCUGGAAACACUCAAAUCCUUUGAAAGACGAUAUCACCUUCAUCAUCAUCAGCAUGCAAGCUAUGAAAAUCCACUCUUCUGGCGAACAUACGCAUUAUACGAGAUCAAUAAAGACUGGUUCACGACCAACAAUGAUCCUUCCGCAUUCAUCAAUCACGCCGCACUAAAAUCCUUCCUCGGACUCAACCGGGUCAGUGAAAACGAUAGAUUUUAUAAUGAGACUAUUGUGUGGGACGAUAUCCAUGCAUUGGCACAGUUGCAAGCAGUGUUGUAUACAUUACGCAUGGUUAAACAGAUCAUUCAGGGGUUGACACUUGAGGGAGGAGGAGGGUCACUUGGGCAACUUCAUGAUAUUUUGGCACGGCUUCCGCCACUCCAUGUGUUGAUGAGAUCGUUUUACGAGGUGAGGAGAGAAUUGUAUGGGGUUAAGUAG